AUGGCGCAACCCCGGGGCUCGGAAGCGGCCGCCCCGUUGGCGGCGGAUGGCGGGGCCCGCGGGGCCGGGCGUGCCGGCGCGGAGGGCGCGGUGGAGAAGCGGGGCCGAGGCGGGAAGGCGCCCGCGUCCACGAGCCCGCAGCCGACGCAGCCGACGCCGACGCCGGGCACGUCCGGGGCGCCUCGCAAGGAGCGGAGGCCGAGCAUGUUCGAGAAGGAGGCCUAUGCGCAGAUUUUAAGAGAAAGGCUAAGAGAAUCAUCCCACGACGUUCAGUACGUAGAGCCUCCGUUUGACGAUGCCAUCGCAGAUAUAGGGAAAGAAUGGAAGAGCGCCCUGGCGAAAUUCAAGUUUGCGAAUUCUUACCGGAUGGAGCCUGUGAAAAAAUUCCAAGCUCAUUCAGUAGAAACUAAAGUCGAGCAGAUACUACAGGUUGCCAGCCGCUGGAUCUGGGACGUGGCAUGGGACAGCUGGGUCGCAGCCAAACAUGAGACGGAGACUUACGUGGCCCUGGCCUUGGUGUUUGCUCUUUACUGUGAAUGACUUGUCACAUGUCCUACACAGUGUUACUUCUCAACUCCUCAGACGCAUGACAUGUGCACAUUUAUGAACCUCAGUAGUAUUGACUGGCCAAGUUUUAUCUCCAACUGAAAUGUCUUAAUUGUAUUCUUUUAACAACAAACAAGUAAAA